UGAAAAUUAAAUAAACCUGAAAUUGAAUCUUAGCAUCAUCAUCAUUGAAUAGAGAAAAGAGAAAGGAAAGAGCAAAUCCGUGAUCUCCAUUCUUUCCCAAGCACCUAACAACCAAUCUAACCUCCAAGAAAUAAACCCUUGCCCUCUCUCUUCUAUCACACUUUCUCUUCUCUACGAGGCUGGGAUUUGAAAUCGAGCACUGAAAUAGCGAAAAACCUGCAAAAACUGGAGAAAAUUUUUGGAACUUUCUGAUCCAUUCCCUUUUCUUAUAUGCAUGUUAGUUUAACAGUUUCCAUGCCCAUCAUCACCGAACCAGGAAAAGCCAAGAUCUUUAGCGACCCUUUACCGAGAAGAGUCUAGAAAGCCAGACCCAGUUCUCAAAAUCCCUUCUUUCAAGCCACGUCUUCAUAUGCCCCAGCACCAAGUUAGAGAGCACAGUAGUGGCUAUGGGAGUUGACAGGAAAUGGCUUUUCACUCUAUUCAGUGCAGCAUUGCUAUCUCUCAUGGUUCUGUUGAUGUCCUCUUUCUCCGCUUUUAGUUCCCCCAAGGCUUUCCCUUCCCUUGUUCAGCAUGGCUCUCGCUACCCUCCAGCUUUUGCAUACUUCAUCUCUGGUGGACACCAAGACAAGGACCGGAUCUUGCGUUUGUUGUUGGCAGUUUACCAUCCUAGGAAUAGGUACCUCCUCCAUCUUGGGAGGGAUGCCAGGGACGAGGAGAGAAAAGCCCUGGUUGCCGCCACGAGGGCGGUGCCGGCCAUUCGUGCUUUCGGGAACGUUGAUGUGGUUGGAAAGGCUGAUUAUGUCACCUACUUGGGGUCCUCCAAUGUGGCCAUUGCUCUCCGGGCUGCAGCCAUUAUGCUCAAAUUGGAUAGUGGAUGGAAUUGGUUCAUCACUUUGAGUGCACGGGAUUAUCCUCUCAUCACACAGGAUGAUCUGUCCCACGUUUUCUCUUCUGUUAGGAGAGACCUGAAUUUCAUCGAACACACCGGUGACCUUGGAUGGAAAGAGAGCGAUAGAUUCCAGCCUAUUGUAGUUGACCCGGGGUUAUAUUUAGCAAGAAAGAGUCAAAUUUUUCAAGCUACAGAAAAGAGGGCAACUCCUAACGCAUUCAAAAUUUUCACAGGUUCACCAUGGGUAAUCUUGAGCAGGCCCUUUCUGGAGUUCUGCAUUUUUGGUUGGGACAAUUUACCACGAACCCUAUUGAUGUACUUUACAAAUGUGAAGUUAUCUCAAGAAGGCUACUUUCACUCAGUCAUUUGCAAUGCGCCAGAGUUCAAGAACACAACAGUAAAUGGGAACUUACGAUAUAUAAUGUGGGACGAUCCUCCAAAGAUGGAACCACUCUUCCUCAAUGCUUCCCUUUACAAUCAGAUGGUAGAAAGUGGAGCUGCUUUUGCAAGACAGUUUGAACUUAAUAAUCCUGUGUUGGACAUGAUUGACGAGAAGAUCCUCCAUCGUGGUAGCCAUCGAGCUACUCCAGGAGUGUGGUGCGCUGGGCGGAGGAGCUGGUGGGUGGAUCCUUGCUCCCAAUGGGGUGAUGUCAAUAUUGUGAAACCAGGUCCUCAGGCUAAGAAGCUUGAAGGGUCCGUUUCUAACCUUCUUGAUGGCUGGAACUCACAGACCAAUCAAUGUCGGUGAAUAGACACGAGAAUAGAAGCAUUUAGGAAGCUGUGCUGUCUAAGCACCACCAUUCACAGUAAUUGCCAUUUGCAGAAAACACAUUCUUUGGUCACCCAAGUGUAAUGUCAAUAUUGGAGGCAUAGCAUUGUUUAUAAGUGAGUUUUGAUAGCAACACAUCAGAGUUGUAGUGGGAAGGGAAUAUGUGUUUAAGCUCUUUGGCUUUGGAGGCUUAAUAUUUGUGGUGGAUCCUCCAAUACCUUACAUCAGUAUGUCUCCUCAUUAUCAUAGGGAUUCUGGACGAUCAGAGCACAAAGUUCAUUCUUUUUAGAUAUCAUUGUCAUUUUCCAUUCCCCCAUUAUUGUACUUUCUUUUUUUUUUUAAUAUAUCAGGAAUAUCUCUCUGUUAGACCUCAAA